AUGGGAGUAGAAAAGAUAGAGGUAGAAAUGCCCGAAGAGAUGGAAGUAGAUGAGCUAUCAGAUGACAAAGUAUCGCAUGAAAAAAUAGACUUUUCCACAACAAAAACAGCACAAGAAGACAUAGCUGAAAAUACUACACAAACUAUGAAAAAAGUCACGCUGAAGAUAAACUUGGAAGGAAUUUUAGAUGCCUGCCAAUCCAGUAAAAUUAUAAAUAUUGCAGAAACACCUAUUGAAUUCUCUCCUGACUUAAACUAUUUAAACAUACUGGAGAACAUACUUGAUAGAAACAUAGAAAUAGAAAGUGCACAGUAUAGUGGUGAAGAGAAAAAUGCACUUGUAAACAUAAUUAAGAAUAACAGCAAAAGCCAUUUUGUAUUAAGGGAUAGAAACGAAAUUGAGAUUAUAAAUGAUUUACUAAAAUCAAUAAAAUCAAGAAACGAAGAAAAAAUUAAGUAUUCUGCUGUCCGUCUACUUAAUGAUAUUAUAGUGCCAAAUCUGUUUGUAUACAAUCCAGAACAAGGAAUAAAUAUGCAGAUAGACAUGAAAAAAGCACCAGAGCGCUUAAUCCCAACUGCUAGCAAUACUGGCUUAGGCUCUCGAGAAUACACGCUAGAGAUUGAUGACACAAAGUUCACCAACUUAGAAAGCUUGUAUUGGUCUUCCUCUGUGAAUCUAAGUAGAGAGUUUUUCUCUCGGACACUUAACUUACACUGUUUAGUAGAUAUGAAUGUUUUAAGGAAAUACUCAUCAGAGAAAAAAUACUACACUCUAGACGAGCUGUACAACACUAAACAUAAAAAAACUAAUUUGCCAUUAGCAGACUAUGGACUAAAUCUUAUUUUCGAAAAAAUUAAUGAAAUUAGAGCUUUAGUUAAAGAAAUCAAAGCAGCAGAGGCCGCCUCUGACAAAAAUGCUCUGAAUGAAAUUAAAGAGAAAAUCAGAAAAUCAUUCAGCCCUGGUGACUUGGGAAUAGCUGUUUCUGUUUACAACAAUAUUGGAUACAUUAUCCACGAGAAAAAAAUACAUAUGCACAUAGUUGAAUCGUUGCAAUACAUAGCGAAUAGGGACAAGGCCUUGAAGGAAAAGAAUGGACCAAAGACAUGGAGGAUAAAAACAGACCUGAGUAAUUUUUAUAAGAACUAUGUAGCUAAUAUCGAUUUAAAGAAAAUAAUAAAGGAUAGAAUAACCGAUUUAGCCAAAGAAAAUGAUAUAAAUUGUAGUUCUCGCACCCAAAAAAAGAAAGAAUGUAAGGAAAAAGAGGAAAAAUUAGAAGAAUGGAAGAGGACAAAUAAAACAGGCUCAAAAAGCUACGCUCGAAUAGAAAGCAAAAAGAUGCAAGAGAUAGAAAGCCUAAAAUAUGACAUUAACCGUUUAAGAAAUGAUAUAAAUCUGCUAGAGUGGAAAACAAAAAAAGAAAAAUUACGGCUCAAGAAUAUUCGUGACAUUCAGGACGAUUUUAGAUGCGUGUCCAAAUUAACUUCAGGCCAGAAAAACCAUUUGGUCAAAGAGAUAGAAGAGCUGGGAGAAAUGCAUAGCGUAAAAGUAAAAAAGGUCCAAGUGCCAGAAAAAGUUACUGCCCCACACAUAAAAGAAGUCAAAUUAGUAAUAGACCUAGAGGGAAUAUUAAAAGAUUACAAUACCAUUGGCAGUAAAUAUAACAUGGAAGAACUUCUUAGAUCCUAUGAUUUGUCCCAUAUCACUAUACUAAGGCAUGUACUUGAUAAAAACAUAAGAAUAGAAAGCGAGCUGUAUAGCGAUGAAGAGAAAAAAUUCUUGGAAAAUGCAAUUAAGAAACGUAUGUAUGAAUACUUUAUGUACAUUGAUGAGACAAAUGAAAAUGGGACUAUGUUUGAUUUGAAAAAGAGGUUAAGAUACAGCAGAAAUAAUCCAAAUUAUAACAAUACUCCUACUCGUCUGCUUGAUGAUCUUAUGGAACCAAAUAUAUUUAUAUACAAUGCAGAACAUGGGAUAAAUAUGCAGUAUGACAUGGAUAAAGCAUUAGAGAGCCUAGGGAUAGGUGAUGUGAACCAGAACUUGGAUACUCGAGAGUACACACUGGAGAUUGAUGACACAAAGUUUACGAACUUAGAAAGCUUGUACUGGUCUGCCUCCAUGAGUCUGAGCAGAGAGUUUUUCUGUGUUUCACAUAAUUUACGUGAUUUAGUAGAUAUGAAUAUUUUAACAAAAUACUCUUCAGAGGAAAAACACUAUGCUCUAGAAGAGCUAUACAACACUAAAUAUAAAAAAACUAAUGUGUCGUUAGCAGACUAUGGGCUAAGUCUUAUUUUCGAAAAAUUGAGUGAAAUUAGAGCUUUAGACAGAAAAAUCAAAGCAGCAGAGGCCGCCUCAGACAGUGUUGCUCUGAAUGAAAUUAAAAAGGAAAUCAGUGCUUUGUUCAGCUCUGGUGACUUAGGAAUAGCUGUUUCUGUUUACAACAAUAUUGGAUACAUUACGUGUGAGAAAGAAAUCCACAAUUCCUCUAUUAAAACAUUGGAGUACAUAGUAAAUAGCGAUAAAGUCCUAGAAAAAAAGGACGGACAAAAGAUACUGAAGCUAAACACAGACUUAAGCACUUUCUAUAAGGAUCACAUAACUAGCACAGGCUUGGAGAAAAUAGUAAAUGAUACGAUAUAUGAAAUAAUUAGAGAAAGAGAAGAAAAUUCUAGUUCUUGUGCUCAAAAAAAGAAAGAAUGCAAGGAAAAAGAGGCAAAAUUGGAAGAAUGGAAGAGGACAACUAAAUCAGAUUCGCAGGACUACGAUCAAAUAGAAGAUGAAAAGAUAGAAGAGAUAGAAAGCCUAAAAUGUGAUAUUAACCGUUUAAACAAUGAAAAUAUAUUGUUAACACGGAAAUUAAGAAAAGAAAGAAUACAACUCAAGAAUAUUAUUAAGGUUAAAAAUAGUUUUGAACACUUAUCUCUAAUAAGCUCAGACCAGAAAAAAUACUUGAUCGAAAAAAUGAAAGAGCUGCUAGAAGCACAUGGUGUAAAAAUAGUCGUAGAUGGAGUAGAAACAGAGCUAAGCAGGCUAAAAAUAUCUGAGCAAUCAGAGGUAAACGAUGCGCUUAAAGAGCACCAAGAAUUAGAAAUGGAGGUAGACGAAGCCCCUGAAGAGAGAGGACUUCUCCUAUCAAAGAAAAACCAAUCAAAGCUCUUUAAGAUAAUCUCAUUUGGCAUUUGUUUAGUGGGCAUGUCGAAGCUUGUGUCUGUUUUCUCAAACUACAAAACAAAGAAUGCCUCUGACAGUGAAAAUGACGAGCAACCUCCAAUUAAGAGAUUUAGAAGAUACGAGCCAGGCAAUACUAACUAG